AUGACGUGUAAUGGCCCAGUUAACGCGGAAGCUUGUGCCAUUCCAGACACUGACCACAACCAGGAAUGGGCAGAGGAACACUACCGACUAGAAACUUUCGUUGAAUUUCCACUUGACUGUCCAGUUUCAGCAUCAGCACUAGCACGAGCUGGCUUUGUUUAUACUGGAGAAGGUGACAAAGUGAAGUGCUUCAGUUGCCAUACAACUAUUGGAGGAUGGGCGCUGGGGGAUUCUGCAGUUGAGAGACACAAAAAUCUUUCCCCAAAUUGCAAAUUUAUUACUGAAUCUACUUUUCUGGAAAAUAACAGACGUCCUCUUGUCCAGAACUGUGAGCAUAGAACUGAAAAUGGUUCCAGCAAUGCAGCCCUCCUGUGUGCUCUGGAUGACCCAUCUGAUGUGGAGGCGGAUUACCUUUUGAGAACUAGGCAGGUUGUGGAUAUGUCAGAUAAUUUGUAUCCUAAAAACCCUGCUAUGUGCAGCGAGGAGACAAGAUUAAAGUCUUUCCACAACUGGCCCCUCAAUGACCAGUUGACACCAAAGGAAUUAGCUAAUGCUGGAUUCUAUUAUACAGGUGUUGGUGAUCAAGUUGCAUGUUUUUGUUGUGGUGGAAAAUUGAAAAACUGGGAACCCAGUGACCGAGCUUGGUCAGAACAUAAGAGGCAUUUUCCCAAAUGCUUUUUUGUCCUGGGCCGGGAUGUUGGAAAUGUUCCAAGUGAAUCUGUUCCCACUGAGCUUGGGAGAAGUGGCCUGAAUGAUGCACAGUAUCCAAGGAAUCCAUCUAUGGCAGAAUAUGGAAGACGUUUACAAACAUUUUUAACUUGGAUAUAUCCUGUUGACAAGGAGCAACUUGCUGAAGCUGGGUUCUAUAGCAUAGGUAACGGUGAUCAUGUUGUGUGUUUCCACUGUGGUGGUGGAUUGCAAGAGUGGAAGGAAAAUGAAGACCCAUGGGAUCAACAUGCCAAAUGGUUUCCUGGGUGCGGAUUUGUGAGAAAGGAAAAGGGGGUAGAAUUUAUAAAUAACGUUCACUUAACAGAUGGACAUAGGGAUUCAACAACAGAAGCUGCUGAAGGGACAAUACUUCCUAAAGAUGAUCUCUUACAGAAUCCUUUGGUACAAAGUGCCAUAGACAUGGGUUUCAGUUUGUCUGAGAUUAGGAACACCAUGGAAAGGAGAUUGCAGAUGUCUGGAGAAAGUCACACAUCUGUUGAGGAUCUGGUAGCAGACUUAAGUGCUCAGAAAGACAAUACGAGGGAAGAAGAACCAAAUGAAAUCCCAGUUGAGCAAGAUGAGCUUAUUCAAUUACGAAACCUCUAUCUCAGUACUGAAGAGAAGUUAAGACGCUUGCAGGAGGAAAAGCUUUGUAAAAUCUGUAUGGCUAAAGACAUAUCAGUCGUCCUCAUUCCCUGUGGUCACCUAGUUGCUUGUAAGGAAUGCGCUGAAGCACUUCAUGAAUGCCCUCUGUGUCGUGCAAAUAUUAUGAAAAGACAGGAAAUUUUUAUGUAUUAG